CGCCUACCAUAUAAUAAUCCGACAUCGUCGGUCGAUGAGUCGGCUGAGGAGAGGAGAGGAGGAGAGGAGGGGAGAGCUGAGCUCCGAGCUCAUCUGGCUCCAUCUCACAAGUGCAAGUACACGUAACGACCCAUGAAUGUUCAUGAAUGGACUAGGAGGGACUCCUAGUCCGUGAUUCCGCGAUGGCUUGUCCAGUUCGAGAAGAACGUGGUUAGCUUGGGGGCUGGACGGAGCGACAGGACGAAGACAACAACGACGACGACGACGACCUGGAGCACGACAAUGAAACAACGAGGAUGGAUCGAGUUCACCUGUAGAGGCGAUGACGGCAGGUCUGGAAUGCCGCCGCUCCUUGUGAGACCUACUCAUUUAUGGAGGAAUUCCUGCUGUUGUUGUUAUUACCAACCCACCAUCAAAGAAGAAGAAAAUGAGUCUCCCCUCGCAAACACCCUACCUUCUGCCCCGACACCACUACUCUCAGGUUUAAUGUCAUCAUUACCCGAGUCCGCAAUCAUUGUGUUUCUCCACCUAGGAGUCCGUUCUCCUUGUCCGUGAACUAACUUCAAGCAGGCUCAAUUGAGAGAGUUAAGAAAGGGAGACAGAGGAAGAGGGUUAAAAAGUGUGAGAGGGUCUGUCUGCUCAAGUAAACCGAACGACCUACCGCACAUAACUCAAAGCAUCAAGAAAACCUGCCAAACGCCAACAUGGUAGAAUCAUUCCCACAUCAGAUUGACUCUUCGACAAAGUGCUGUGUUGUGAAUUUGAUCGUUAAAUUACCCCAUUUACCCGGGUCUCCCAAAGUUGGGCCCCAAAUAGGGUCUUUUUACUGAAACGUAAAAGGGAAUAUGUGCCUCUCAGAGUGCUGAUCCACAUUGGGAUCUGAGAACAAGUCGAGCUUGUAAUGAAAACCACCGCUCAAGGUUGAAACCGAGAUCAAUAACCGGGGAACCAUGAAUCGAGGUGCGUUGGGUUCCUGACCUUCCUGACCCUCAAGAUUCACAUAGAUGAAUAGCCAUGAAUCGAAUGUGAUUGACUGGUUGGCCAUUACUGCGAUCCAACGACAAACUGUGGUACUCCUAAGAAAGCUGAUUGCACCACAAUGAGAGCAUCAUCCCUCUUUUCCACACUAAUUUGGGCGGCCAUUGGGUUUGACUCCUUAGUGGGUGUUUCCAUUUCCCAAGAUAUCCAAAGCCACGCUCAUCCUCCGUUAUCCCAACGCAACCUAGGUCUUUGGUUUGUGGAGCAUCCUCAGUAUUCAGUGGCAUUGCCCGGCGAUCGGGUCUAUUUCAGCUGUGAGACCAACCGAGGCUCGAGCGACCAUUCCAUUCGGUGGAUGCACAACCGCCAGCUCAUCCCGGAAAAUGAUCCCAAUUAUCAGAUGUCCAAUGGCGCUCUCACCCUGGAGAUGCAUCCCACGGCCGAACUCAGCCAGAACCAAAGCGGCGAAUAUCAAUGCGUGAGCAGUCUUCAUCGCCGUUGGAGUAUAGCCUCUCUGCCAGCCAGUUUGUCGAUCGCCAAAUUGGAAGAUUUUAUGUUCGAGCGGCCCAAAACGCUGGAGGCCUAUCGCGGCAAUGAUGUGGUGAUAGAGUGCGCUCAAGCUCCCGAGUCCAAUCCCCCGGCUUUCAUUCAGUUCUACCAGGAUGGCAGACCUUUGGAAGGGUCCAUGGCAGACGAGUCCGUGGCCAAUUGGGAGCUCUUGCAGGGCGAAACCCUAUUGAUCUACAACGUGAAUGAUCGGAACGCGGGUCAGUACUCUUGCAGUGCUUUCAAUCACAUCACGAACGAGAAGAAAAUGUCUCAAUCCCACACCACGUUGGUGGUGAAAGAGCCCAAUCGAAAUGAGAAGUCUCGCUUGACCUUCCGUCCCCGAGAUCGGUACUCGGUGCCUUUGGGAGAAAAUAUCACCAUUCCUUGCGUGGCCUCGGGCAAUCCCAAGCCGGCCAUCAUCUGGACUCGGGUUGGAAGUAAUCAUCCACUUCCAGCCAAGCACGGGUGCCUCACCAUUGCGAAGGCCAAAGAGAUUGAUAGUGGCAGCUACAUGUGCGCAAUCUACAAUGGCUCUCGACGGUUCCUCCGCAAAACGACUGUCAUUGUUCUCAUCCCUCCCAUCUUCACCAAGGUCCCCAAACUAGUGGGCAAUCCCCAAGUGAAUCCCGGUCAAACGGUGUAUUUCCAUUGUCAAGCAUCGGGCACACCUAUGCCCGACCUGGUGUGGUAUUUCAAUGGGCUCCCGCUUCCAAUGGACGAAAAUCAUGUCGUUCUGGCCAACGGAACACUCAUGCUCGGCCCUGUGACCAAGACAGAUGAGGGCGUCUACCAGUGCUUUCUAUCCAAUAAUAUAGGCCGAAACUUCACCAACGUCGUGCUCCAGGUCAAAUCCAAUUCAAUGCUAAGUGCUCGUGAAGACGGUGACCAGGUUGACAGGCCAAAUACAUUGGAUCACCUCCGAUCCUAUCCCCCGUCGAAACCCAAUGUUACGCAGACGGCCAGAGAUUCGAUCCUGUUGACUUGGAUCGUCCCAGACAUGCCCAAUGCCAUGCCCAUCGAGUUCUUUAAGGUCCAAUUCCGAGAAUUCCGCCGAGGACACCCUCGCUCGGAAUGGCGGACUUUGGAUGAGGAGAUCAUGGGUCGGUCGCGCAGCUUUGAGGUGAUCGGGCUCAAGGACCAAGUCAAGUAUCGCUUUCGCAUCGUGGCAGUCUAUGCCAACCAUGACAAUCGCCAAGGCCCACUGUCCAAGCGAUUCAAGCUGGACACCGAGUACCGCUUGGAUGAGGCCCCCAAGGUUGCCCCCAUCAUCACGGAGGUGUUGCCCUUGAGCGAAAAGUCGCUUCGUGUGGGUUGGAGAAUGCCAUCCGUGACCGAUCAGCCCAUCGAAGGCUAUUUCAUAUUCAUUCGAAGAUUCCACCCCCGGGAGAGCCGUUUCAGAAAGGUCACUAUGAUUGGCAAGGAGUCUCACUCGUACAUUUUUGAAGAGCUCGAGCCUUCGCAGAAUUACGAGAUCAAAGUGGAGGCGUUCAAUUUCCAAGGCAACUCGCCCAGUUCGAGGAUGACCCGUCGAUCUACUCUACCUCACCCUCAAUCCGCUGAAUCCUCUCAUCUUCUCGAAAACGGGGCCAUUGGAUCAUCCUCGCCCAUCCCACCGGGCAAUCUGGACAAUCUGGACAAUGACUGGCUCCGCAAUAACGAAUUGGAUCUGACGAGUGACGUCAUAUCCGACCAUCAAGUCUUGUUGUAUCUGGUUAUUGGGGCCAUCCUAGUGGGCUUGCUCCUGGUUCUGAUUGUGUGCUGCUCCGUGGUUGGAUGCAUUCAAAAGAGGCGGGCCCACAAGAACAUGACCAGUUCGAAUGUGGCCAUUCACGAGAAAUAUCUGGAUACUGCCCGUCGUAUCACACUUAAUCACUCGGGGCGUGACGGUGGUCUGGAUUCACACGCCUUCAAUUACCACGAACGCUUCCAAAGUGACCCUCAACUGUCUUCCACCCCCGAGGAUGACCCUCCAACGACGAUGGAGACAUCCUUUUCAUCGCCAAAUCGCUUGUCUCAGAUGUUGCAACAUUCCAAUCAAAUCCAGCUAGCUCAUUCAGUCACAACGUCGGGGGAGGGCGGGCUCACGCCCCAUUCGAAUGUCCUGGGCUCCUCCUCCGUCGUAUCUUGUGAAGGAAGCCUCAAUAAUAAUGGUGGCGAGAUCUCAUUUCAGUCCGAAGAUCAAGUGUCACUCGGAUACGACGAGUAUACGGAUGAACCCUCACGUACGUCUUGGAAACGUCGACGAAAGAGUGAAGAGCUCCUUUAGCUCGUCGUCCUCUUUGUCAAAAGGCUCUCGUUUUUUGGUCAAAUUGACUAAGCGUUGACAAUUUAUUCCAUAUUUUCACUUGAGUCAUUAAACAGGCCAAUUCGAAGCACAGGGAUUCCUGUGGAUUGUGCAAAAGAUA